AAACCGCCAGUCCUAUUAGUCAGGGACACAGCCCUUUUCAUUUCAAACUUGACAUUAAGAAGCUUUCACUGGCUCAUUGUCAAGACUCCUUCAGGAAUUAAUGGACCCCACAGACUAAUGUGUCCAGACCUGAGCAUGGCAUGAGAGGGCUCCAGGAUCCAUCCGGCACACGUGUAUUGAUAUCAUGUAAUAACAGAUCCUAAGGAAGUGAGAGAAAGUAAAACUGACUAAUGGACGGAUAUCGGGCGAUCUUUAUAUGGAUUACCAUUCUGUGCCUGAUACAAGAUUUUGGAUCAUGUUCCGAAAUUCUUGAAGGUCCUAAAAAUGUCACUGUGCUCAGUGGUUCAAACGCAAGCUUCCUCUGCACAGUACAAGAGUUGAAAACUAUCUCGUGGUACAUACAUGAAGUCUUUGCUGUCUCCAUAAGCCCCAGUGGGGCCACAGUGGGCAUCAAUUUCAACAUCAUUCUCAAGAACAGCACAAACUCUGUCAGCGGAGCGUUUACCUCAGAGUUAACAAUUGUCAACGUCGACAAAUCUACCUCCGGAAGUGUAGGUUGCAGCAGCCUCUCCACAUCAUUAAAAGAUGACAUUGCCUACCUGUCUGUCCAGGUGGAGGGCUCUGUUCGAAUCACAAAUGGAAGUGUCACCGUGACACCAAACUCCACAGUCAGCAUGAUCUGCCAAGCAGCCCAGUGGUAUCCAGCUCCAACCAUCACAUGGCAGAUAAAUAAUACCGCAGCAGAUACUUUAUAUUACUCCACAAUGUUCACCACAGACGCCAACGACUCUGUGACUGCUCAAAGUACCUUUAGAAUAAACCCAGAAGAAGAUCUCAGCUUGACCUGUCUGGCCACAGUACAGACUCUGACCCAUCCACAGUCAGCGACAGUCAACAUAACAGUAAGGGAACGCAUCCCAGGGGGCAGCUCUUCACUCAGUCAGACGGACAUCAUCCUCAUUGCUGUCUUCGCAUCUCUCGGGGGAUUACUGAUCCUCAUCGUCAUCAUCGUAGUUAUCAUCUUUUGUUGCAAAAGGAGAAAACAGAAGAAAAAAGAGAGCGGCUAUCAGAGUGAUGCAUGGAAAGCCCCAGAGCGGAACGACAACAAUCUGAGGACCAUCCAAGGAGACAGUCUUGGAGAGCGUAACUUUGCAUAUACACCCGACCCUGUACCAGUAAGGCGAAGUUUUGGUUCCAUUAAUGGUAGCAGCUCACCUUACUAUGAUGAUUCAUCUACCUCAACAGCCUCAAGUGUAAAGGUUCCUUCUCAGGAAUGGACUGAUGACCAUCUGAAAAAAAUAAGACAUGUCACGCACGUGUGAUCUACAUACAACAUUACAAACACACCGGAUUACUUUGUCACGCCAAACUGUCUCCGCUGACCCCAACUCAUUUUUGAACAUCAUAUAUUAUAACUUCAGGAUGAAUUAUUCCAUAGCGGAACAAACCAGGGGUCAUGUGUGGAGCUGAAGAUCUUCUGAGAAGUCUUAGGUGAGGAGGGUAAACAAAAAUGGAACAAAAAGUGGUGCAGAUCUCCUCCAUGUUCAAAGAGAAAAAAGUCUGUGACUUUGCUGUGUGACUAUAAAAUGAAAAGAAACAACAUAGCAGCAGUAACAUGAGAUGUUACAAAAAA